AUGUAAAAGUCAAAAUAGACUUCAGAUUUGAAAAGCUGUUAAGAGGACAUGCUAUUGUAACUUGUUUAUCCAAAUUUUAAAGGCAGAGCCAAUCAAAAUUUGAGUUUAUCUAUUCUUAAACUAAGUAUAUAAUAGUUUUAAUGCUUAAAAAUAAAUUAGCAUCAAAAUGGUAAAAGUGGCAUAGCUAAGAGUGCAAAAGGCGGAAAAGGUGGAAAAGGUGGAAAAGGAGGAAAAUUUGGAUAAGGCAAGAAUAAGAAGGCCCCUUAAUCUAGGUCUUUGAAGGCUGGACUUUAAUUCCCUGUUGGUCGUAUUCACAGAUAUUUGAAGCAAAGAGUCUCUGCCAAAAACAGAGUAGGAACAACAUCUGCUGUUUAUACAUCAGCAAUAUUAGAAUAUUUAACAGCUGAGGUUCUUGAAUUAGCAGGAAAUGCUUCUAAAGACUUUAAAGUGAGAAGAAUCACACCAAGACAUCUUUAAUUAGCUAUUAGAGGUGAUGAAGAACUCGACAUUCUCAUUAGAGCCACUAUUGCUGGUGGUGGAGUGAUCCCCCACAUUCAUAAAGCAUUGAUAGGCAAAUAAACACCAGAGGGAGGUCUUCCAAAGGAAUGAUAUAUAUUAUAUUAAUUCAUAAGAAUUAUUUUUAUGAUGGAAAGAAAA